AUUGAAGUGAUUGCCUAUAGCCUUUUAAAGAAAUUUUUAUUUCUAUCGCAGAAGAGUAUGAGCUUAAUGGUAGUUUUGUCUGAACUCAUGACAACAUACCUAACCCUUUACCAGAUCCAAUUGUGCUAAAAAUAUUCAUCCAGUCAUUCUACAUGGCUGAUCCAACUGUGGGCUCAGAAGGAGACUGCGUUGAAUGCUGGGAGAACUACAGUGCAGGCGAGGUCAUGGUGCAAGGACUGGCCGGACAGAUUGACCAGCAAGACGUGGAAGCCAUUGUCAGAGCACAAAAACAAAUGCUGCAACGGUUUGAAAAAACUAAUGAGAUGUUGAGCAACUGCAAUGCUCUCUCUGCAUCACGCUAUGCUGCGGCCCAGCAAGAAUUUUCCAAGCACACUUCAAUGCUUUUGCAAGCCAAGAAAGAUCUGGACUACAUCUUUAAAAAAAUACGAGUUAUUAGGUCAAAGCUUGAGAUGCAGUAUCCACAAGCUGUUAAAGCUGUUGCUGAAAAAUUCAAUGAAGAUGACGAGCUUGAAGAAGAAGGAGAAGACGCUCUGAAGAGACAAUCAUCUGCUCCUUCUUCUCAUUCCACUGAAGGCUCCUCGUCUCAAACGCUGUCAAGCAGACAGCAGCAGGGAGAGACUCUGGCAGUUGACAGCGAGAGUGAGCAGAAGAGUUGCAGUGGUAGCAGCAGGAGUGGUGGAGAUGUUGCAUGUGCAGUACCUGAGGAGAAACCCAGUGGUGGAGAGUUAGCACUCAAUGCAGAUGUGGAUGAGGAUUAUCAAGACGCUAUUUUACGUGGGAAAGUUAAGAAUAUUAGUGGCAAACUUCACCACGUCAGUUCCUCAGACAGUUCCACGAGUUCAACAAAGUCUAGUUGUUCUUCAUCAGAUUCAUAAGUGAACUGUGAAAAGUGUGCAUUUGUAUAAAUAAUUCAUCUUUCCCUCUUCAUUUGUUUUAAUAUUUCAGCACUGACUGAUGUCUUAUGUUGUUGUAAUUGUUCAUCUUGGUAGUGAUGACUAGGGAGGUGGUUGUGAUAGGUCACUUUUUCCGGGCACUGGGAGCCACUGGUAGUUCCACGACCAUCACUGGCUGGCCGACCCGC